AACAACAACAACAACAACAACAACAACAACAACAAUAACAACGAGAUCCGCCAUAACAAAAGGAGAUUUGGCCAAAUUAUUGCGAUAUGCGGAUGGGGCGUCCCCUUGGCCCCCCCACACGGCCAGCUUUUUGCGUCUCCGCCUGCGUUCGCAGCGUGUCCCCUGACCAAAUUUCGUCCACUGUGCGAGCAAAGUCCCCCGGCGACCCAGAGAGUGCCCAGGUGGAUCGCAGGCUGGCUGGCGUGAGGCUUGUCCCCAUUCCUCUCGCCGCCAUUGGCCAGUGGCGUCGUGGGCCAUCUCAUCGACCUCCCGAAUAUGCAGAUCCAAGUCCCCAGCCCUCCCUGAUCCUUGAUCGCGGAAAGCCUUUCUCAGAUAUGCCGGACACUGAAUAA